AUGUCCUUAUUUGGAAGCAUUCUAAGCCUCCAGGAUGCCAUAAAUCGAUUGCCGCAAUUUGAACAUCAGAUAAAUAAAUUAGAGAAGGAUAAAAACCAAGCGUCAUCAAGAGCCAGUUUCAGAAAUAACUUUGUGAGACAGUGCCAGGAUUUGCAUAGACAGCUCGACGACCAUCGUAAUCGAAUCGAAAAAGUACGAAACGAAGGUGCUUACAAGAAAGAGAAUACACUAGAACAAGUGGAUAAAUUGAAAGAACGAUUGACUUUGAUUUGCCCAGAAAAAGAACAAACAUCCAUUUCUUUGAGUGUUGACUCACAAUCAGAAGAAGAAAAACCAAAACCACCGAAAUUGGAAUCAAUUGACAGAAGAAAAAGCGUGAUGUAUGAUGAUUCCGAAGAUGAUUCAGAUAAUGAUUCACAAAUCAUCGAAACAGAUGUUCAACUCGAGGAACCGACUCCCGUUCCUGUUUCAACUUCAACUACAGUACCACCUCCUCAACCUAGACCGAGGCAACCAAUAGCUAUAACGGCUCCAGCAAUGACUGAAAGAGAGAAAAUUGACAAUGAAAUAGCGAGUCUUCAGAAUCCAACUGGAGGAGAUUCAUCAGGAGUAAUGGAACCAGUUGUUGUUCAGGGAAACGUAUUUAUGGCAUUUGAAGAUUGGGAUCCAGAAGCAGAAGGAGAUUUGAAAUUGAUUAAAGGGAAAAGAUAUCGAAUCACUCAAACAAGAGCCGAUGGAUGGUGGACUGCGUUGGAUGAGAAUGGACAGAGAGGACUGGUUCCGAAGACUUAUUUACAGCAUGUCAAGGAUAAACCGAAGACUAUGCCAUCCAAAGUAUCCAGUCGACUCGGAGUUCGUGAUUCAGUGAUUGCCUUAACCACAACUACAACUCCGAAAAGAAGAGAAGACAAGAAAUCAGUUCCUCAAAGUGAAUGUCUUGGGAAGGCAUUUGAUGACGAUGUUCAUAUCUCAUUGGUUUGUCAUAUGGCUCCACGACUCUCCACAUCUAAUAUCGGAUUCCAUGAUCUCUUUUGGAGUCAUGACAAGGAUCAAGUAUUCAAACGAACCAUCCACAUCUCAAAGAUUAUUCGUCUUGUAAGAUUUGAGAAAAUGCCUUUAAUUGAGCACAAAGCAUUGGUUCGACUGGCUCUAGUCGAUAUCACCAACCCAAAAUCUACUCAAGUUGUGAGCAAUGUCCAUACUCUCGUGCCACGUGUCAAGUCUUCUACGUGGUUUUUCGAGAAAAAAGAGAGUAACACUAGAAGUUGCAUUGAAUUCUCUGACUUUGUGCUUCGUUCCAAUUACAGUUCUCCCACUGUUGUCCUAGUCAUCGAAGCUUCUCAUAUCGUGAAAACUCCAGUUGGAUUCGAAGAAAAAAGUCUGGGUCAUACAUAUCUUCGUCUUAUAAUUGAUGAUAAAGCGGUUCCAAGUCGAACGAAUGUUUUGUAUUUGGACGAUGAAAUUAUGUCAAAAAUGAAGAUGCCAGAGGCAUCGAAAAGAAGAGUUCUCGUUCAAGUGAUGGAUGUGCCAAAAGACAAAAUAUCAUAUGUUGAUUCAUUGCCUGACGUCAUCGUUUUCAACGCUCUCUAUUUACCAUUCUUCCAUUUUUACCGUCGAAGAGCAGGAACCAUUUUGAUAAGAGACAAUAAGAAUCCAUUGAGUGCUGAAUUUGUAUCGGAUCCUCUUCUAUCAGUAUUCCCUUUCAUCUGCGAUCAACAUGACAUUAUGGAUGUAAUGCUAAAACUUUGGAAAACAAAAAAGAAGAUUCUUGCAAAGAAAAACGAAGCUGAACAGACUGCCGAAUUCUUUCAAACCUUUAUACACACUGCCUUCUUUAUUCAAGGAAUUCAAAUGAUUUCUUAUGAUGUCAAAGACGAUACGAUACUAGAGAUCAGGCGGGAGACAAUUCUCCCAAUAAUCGAAUCACUAAACAAGGGACUUUUCAAGCAGUUCAUUGCAAAUCAAAAGUGUCGUCCUGUUAAUAUUCUUGAUUAUUCUUUGGAUCUUUUAGAUGGAGAUGGAGAGGCAGCGCUUGAAGUCCCUUCCGCUCCAGUGCUUCCAGCAGGGAGUGUGGAUCCAGUGAAUGAAACCGUGCUGAUUGGUGCAUCAGUACUGCCUCCUGAUACGGUACUUACGUCAUCGGUUGAUGGGUUUCCAGUUGUUGAAGGAGCGAUUUGA